GCUCAAUGUAUAAUGGCGACCAAUGAUGGCUCUUGCAUGGAACUUGCACUCGAAGGAGAGCGGCUUUGUAAGAGUGGAGAUUGUCGAAGUGGUGUUUCAUAUUUUGAGGCAGCUAUCCAGAAAGGAACGGAGGAUCUAAAGACAUUGAGCGCCAUAUACAGUCAGCUGGGAAAUGCCUACUUUUAUUUGCAGGAAUACGAGAAGGCACUGGAAUUUCAUAAACACGAUUUGACAUUAGCAAGAACUUUAGGGGACCGCAUCGGGGAGGGAAAAGCGAGUGGAAAUCUUGGGAAUACUUUGAAAGUUCUCGGAAAAUUCGAAGAAGCGAUCGUUUGCUGUACAAGACACUUAGAUAUAUCACGGGAGCUGAGAGACAAGGUUGGUGAAGCACGUGCUCUGUAUAACCUUGGAAAUGUAUACCAUGCUAAAGGUAAACACCUGGGAAGGAGCAGACACAGGGAUCCAGGGGAUUUCCCAGAAGAAGUUAGAUUUGCCCUGGAGAGAGCUGUUGAAUUCUAUGAGGCAAAUUUGGUGCUAGUGCGCGAACUAGGUGACCGAGCAGCUGAAGGAAGAGCUUUUGGAAACCUUGGCAAUACUCACUAUUUGCUGGGAAAUUUUGACAAAGCAGUCCAGUAUCAUGAAGAGCGACUGAUGGUAGCAAGACAAUUUAGUGACACCUCAGCCGAAAGGAGGGCCUUUAGCAAUUUGGGAAAUGCUCAUGUUUUCCUAGGGGAGUUUGAAAUUGCUGCAGAGUAUUACAAGAAAACGUUGCAGAUUGCGCAAACACUUGGAGAUCGUGCCAUCGAAGCCCAGGCCUGCUACAGCUUAGGCAACACGUACACGCUUCUAAAGGCAUUCGAAAAAGCAACUGAUUACCACUUACGUCAUUUAGCGAUUGCAAAAGAGCUUGGUGAUAGGGUUGGUGAAGGUCGAGCUUAUUGGAGUUUGGGGAAUGCCUACACAGCCAUAAGCAAACACGAAGUGGCCCUUGGCUAUGCUGAGAAACAUUUAAUUAUUUCAAAGAGGUGAGGUUCAUUUCAAGGUGUUGGUGACAGGACCGGUGAACUCACUGCCGAAAUGAACAUCGCUGACUUAAAAAUUGUUCUUGGUAUCACAGAUCAAAAGGGAGAGACUACAAGCACGGCUUCGGUUGCGCAAAUUCCAAAGGUUUUUGCACCAGCUGUUCAAAACAGCAACCAUGUAACGAAUGGUACUGAAAAUCUGACUGCACAUUCUGAUAACCGCGCGCUUUCUCAAGGUGACGUCAGAGUUCGAGUGCGAGCAGACCAGAGCUUAGAUUCGUCGUUGGAAGAAGGGCCUGGGAAUGACUUCUUGGACAUGCUGAUGAAAGCUCAAGGGGGAAGAAUGGAUGAUCAGCGAUGUGAGUUGCCGCGAAAUGGACAGCGGAAUCCAGGAAACCAGGCAAACGCAUCGCUUGACAGCAGACCUCCGACUCAACGCAACAAUUCGCAGCCAAAUAACAGUCUACAACCCCCGUCGGAAAUGAAGCCUAGUGUUAGUACUGAGAACUUGUUUGACAUUCUGCAAAGAGUUCAAGGGAGUCGUAUAGAUGAGCAGCGGUUUUCAAUGCCUCCUCUGCCUGGCCUUGAUCCUGCACUGCGAGAGCAGCUCAUUACGAAGUCAAAAGAAAAACAGUCGACUGUUCCAGAUGACUCGUUUCUUGACAUGCUUAUGCGAUGUCAGGCCACACGAAUGGAAGACCAAAGAUGUGAUUUCCCUUCUGUUCCCCGUGGUCCAACCGUGCCGGAUGAAGAUUUCUUCAGCCUUAUACUGAGGCUUCAGUCGAAGCGCAUUAACGAUCAACGAGUUAAUUUCCCGAGCAGGAAGUAAGGCAGAUUAUGCCUAUUCAUCACUGUGACAUGUAAUUUUCAACAUCAAUAUCAAGUCACUUGGGUUUUGCAGUGACUGCUCUCCUACCAGUGACAUCACACGAUAAUCGACAUUUACAGAGGAAUUAAUACAGGGCUACAUCAACGCCUCUCCUCAAAUUAAUCGUGGAUUUGGAAAAAUAAAAAUCCAAUCUGCUCUACUUGCAUAUGGUCAAGGAUUUCUCUACUGAAGAACACGCUAGAAGCAUCAUACUUGCGUUGGCUGCUAUGUAUGUUUAAACUAAAUAUAAGACUUACUUUCUGAAAGCAUUGGCUUCGUGGCUACGUUGUCUUUUAAUUGCAGUAAGAAACGUAUACUUCAAGCAUGGUGACUUGUAACAGAUCCUUGUACUAAGCGCUAUUUUUUGUUUAUAUGGAGGAUGUUUAGUAUUAGAUACGAGGCUGAUUUUGAGAGAGAGGCAAUAAAUUUUCUUGUAUAAAGAAUUUGAGCUCUUGUCUCGGAUUUUAUCAGUGAUAUAUUUUAUCGCUGAUAUUGUUUUCAGCAAGAGAUAUUAUCGAAGCGGCUAUAAAACAAUUUCCUAAAACAAACAUAAAUUGGGGACAAACAGUCAAAGUUAGGCUAUGUCAUGUCUAGGUCAUUGAAAUGGAUCAAUGUCACAGAGAAAGUACCAACAAAGCUAUAUUUACCAUUAGGAAGAGAAACAAUUUUUGUUAUGAAAUCGCCAUUACGUUUAUGCUCAUUUGAAAUACCAAGAGAUUCCAUCUCAUAUUUUGUGCAUGAACCUGUAUUUGGUAGCCUACCUAUAGGCUAUUUCCCUAUUUUUUUCCUUCGUAGAGUGUUCACCCAGGCUAGAACUGGCUGAUUACGAAUUCAUAUCUUGUGACCAUUAUGAAUAUCUCCAAGGCCUUUCCAAGUUGUUCAUUUUAUAUCUUUCAAUACUAUAACAAAACAUCAUUAUGAUAUAGUCGAUGAGGACCCCCAACUGGGCUUUAAAUCAUUUUCACUUUUGAAAUAUGUUUCAAUCACGCAAAGGGAAUUUCCCUUGAUAGUUGAUAUGUUAUUUUUUCUCUGUAUGCUAAGUAUUACUAUCGUUUCUUUAAACCAAUUCAAAGGUGCAGCUAUGACGCUGUCCUUUUAAUCAAGCAACCCUUCCUGACAUGUUCCAACAUCGUGCUAACUGAAACAUUUUGCUACGUGUUCAUUUUCGGUUAGCUUUAGAAGUAUGCGUCGCUCAUUAAAUAUCACCCAGUAUAUACGAUUUUAAAUCUGUGUGUAGUUAUUAUAUGAAAAAAUGUAAAGAUUAGGUUUGUGCUUUUAAUUUGUUAUAACAGUUGUAUAGCUAUGUCAAUCUUCUGAAAUUUUCUGAUAGCAUUUGUUACAGAUACAA